UGUAACAAUAACAAACGAUCAUGCUUUUCCCGUGGGAGUGCAAUAGCACCUCUGAUACAGAUUUCUAAAAGCAUCAGCAUGCCUGUUCAUCUCUCAACUUGCGUUGAGAUGAAAACGAGUGUCCUUCUGCAUAGCUGACAAUUACAAUCGCAUCGAGCGGAGUUCUUGAGGGAAUUCUGGUCGUGAGAAGCAAAAGCGACGGUGCUUGGUUGCAUUUCCUUGCGACUAGCAUUUGAAAGAAAAAGAAGUACGGGCUUGCUGCGCUCGACCACACCGGAGCGUCGUUUUUAGAGCGGAGAGUAGACCAUAGAAAUUUGGAAAAGGAGAAAAACUUGCGAAAGAAAAACUAGAACCUAAUAAUGCCGUCAGACCCGUCGCCGAAGAAGAAGAUCAUGGAGUGGGUUGUGCAAGACGUGGACAGCAUCAGCGAGGCGGAAAAGGAGAACACAGAAAAAGCGCUGAAGCCGCUCGAGCGGCUCGCGAAGCAAUCCAAGGAGCGCAACUUUCCGCAGCUGGGCCUCGGGCCGCGGAAAACCCGGGAUCUGCGAGCGGACUGCGGGCUCCGGGAGACGAACCGGGGGCGAUCCAGGUCGCCGGAAGUCGGGAAGUCGGAGUCCAGUGGUACUACAUCGAAGAGGCGGUUUUUUUGUUUGAACAGGGAUUUUUUGAGGAGAGGACUCACUACACACGACUCCUGGUAUCGUUUUUACUUACACAGCGCCCAGCACACUCCCACUGAUGAAACACUGUCAGGCUAUCGCAUACGACAGCAGAGCCGUGGCAGGCUGAUUGUUGAUUGCCGAGAUGACGACGCCGAUGAACCCGCUGUGCAGGAAGACGUGGACGUCGGCAGGUGAUAAACUGUAAUUUGUGCGAUGAGAAACAUGCUCCUUGCUUCGUCGGCCUCUCUGCGUCUGCUAUGAUAGGACUUAUUCAGUAUGAUAGGAUUCAUUCAAUACUAGCAUCCACAAGCAGGCUUUCUGUAUGAAGAAUCAAAAUCACUUAUUCAGGCCACCACCUGACGCAGAGCUAGUCCGCGAUGCAUUUGCGGGCAACUUCAUUAGCUACAUGUGCCUCGCUCGGGAAUCGCUAAACAGCCGGGGAGAGAAGAGGACGGGACCGCCAGACGCCAAAUUUGGCGCUGCAUCGACCUCUGCAGCAGGCCUGGGUGCCUUCAACAAGCAGAGAAAAGCAGAGCUGAAAAGGAUACAACAAAAGAUAAUAAACAGCGAAUCCUAGUAGGCAGAAUAGGUUUUUCUUGAAAAAAUGUUGCAAAGAAGUGCGACGCAAUAAUUCAAAGAAAAGAAAGUGAAAGAAGCUCGAAGGUUUCUUGCAGUUGUUUUCAUCGCUGCAAAAAGGCACUUUUUUCUGACUUCUUCAACAAGUGAAUGUUCUUCGCUAGAAACAAACAGAAAUCCAAACAAAUUGUCUUGAUUUGAUUUAUUUUACU